AUGAACGACCAACACUACAAGCAGCGAAUGGACUUCGUCGAGUCCAUUCUCCAGUCGAACGGUCUACAAGCAGAGAGCAUCGAGCCUGUUGAAUAUGACAUCAAUAGCCCGUUUCCUUACAACAACUUCAUAUACCGCGUCACUCUUUUGUCUCCCACCACUACCGCAAUAACCUUCAAAUCCUCCCAAUCCGGUGACCUUCAACCAGGCACCGUGCCAUGCCCAGCCGACACAGAGUCUCUUAUCGUCAGACUAGCCAAUUCGGACCCUCGGACCGGUAUCAACAACACUCACCGUGUCGAAAGUGAAGUUGCUUUCAUGACCCUCGUACGACAAGCACUUGCUGGGUCCAAGUACAGCUGCAUCGUCCCUGACGUUUACAUGUGGAGCGGCGUAUCUAGUGGUCAAGGUAUCAGUGUCCAACAGUGCAUGCCUGGAACCAUACCUGAGAGAGGGGGGUUUGAGGAUUUCUCCCUGCAAGAUAAGACAGUCCUUCUUGGUCAGAUGGCCGAUAUCCUAGCUCUACUGCAGAACUACACCGUUCCGGGGACUGUAAGCAAGUAUGGAGGCCUGAGGUUUGAUGAAAACAGGAAUGUCAUCAGUGGGCAGAUGACCAUGUUUACAGGAGAGCCUUCUCUAACGUACAGGGACUUCCUGCGCGGUAUAUUCAAAGUCAAGCUCGAGGAGGCGGAUAACAAUCCUGUCAUACAAGGUUGGAAGGAAAAUGGGGUACGGACGAGACUUGAUGAUUUCAUUGACCAUCGUCUCGAGAAGCUCUUGGGCGGCGAUGAUCCCCAGAAAGUUCUCGUUCACGCUGAUCUCACUACGAAUAACCUACUUUUUGAUCCCAGCACGCUUCGGGUAACUGCGCUGCUGGAUUUCGACUUCUCCUACGUCGGUACGGUGGCAGAUGAGUUCAUGGGGUUCUCUUUCGGCAAUCUGUGUGGUGGUACACUUCCAGGGCCAUUUGAGAGCGGGUCUCAGCUCGCCCUUCGCCGUGCGAUGCUGACUGGGUUUUCAGAGAGUCAUCCGGUGGUUGGAGCUUCGGAGGUUCAAUGGGAUAUCGCAGAGACCUGGGACAAGGAGCUUGCCCGCGCAGGUGCAGCCAGGCCUUGCACGAUCUUUCGCUUCGAGGAAAUUGCGAACAUCUACUGGCUUCAGGACAAAGUGAGCCCCUUUGAGUUGGACAAUCCAAUGAUGAGGAAGCGGAUGACAGCAGAACAGGUAGAGGAGACUCGGAGCAGGACGGAGAAUUUGAUUGCUGAGUUCUUGGGACGCGCAAGCCUGUCUUAUGAUACUAGUUCAGAGGGCAACAACCUGUAG